AUGCAUUACCCUACACUUUAUGCAUUCCUCUUGGCUACGGCCGUCCCGGCUGCCACAUCCCUUGCCAUCAGGAGUGGUAACCAGCAAGAAUCUGCCUCGAGCCUCAUCAUGGACAUUGUCCGGCGCAGCAACCAAGAGAGCGAUGAGGCAACCUUUGCCAGGCUCAAGAGGACGCAAGUCGAUCUGGAAGGGCAAGGGGGCGAUAGUCAAGGUGUGGCCGACCCUUAUUCUCUGGAAAGACGUGGAGAAAACGCAUCCGAAGGACGCGGAUUUACCCAAGCGGAUCUCAAAUCAGUGCUUGCUUCCGAUCUUCACCCAACUCCACAGGCUGGGAUCAAACGCCGCCGCAGAAGGGCCAUCCAAGCCUUUGUACGACGCGGCACGCAUAUCCCGAGUGGCAACCCAUUGAAUCGCGACACUCGGCCUAUCGCUAUUACACACGAGGAAAAGCGCAGUCUUCUUGGUGGCUCUGGAACCACAGGCGUCAUCGGGGCUGAAGAGUCUGAUGAAGAUAGUGUCGACGACGAUGGCGAAGAAGACGACGACAUGGAAUACGACGAGCGCAAGAGACUCACUAGGAGGGGCAUAUCCGCUAUGAUUGCGCGAAGACGCGUCAAGAGGAGCUUGUCUCAAUAA